AAUUUUAGGGAAUCCGAUCUCAUACCGCUGACCAGACCAGCCUCCCAAUAAUACAGUCGUCUUUCCCAAUAAAGAAAGGAAAAGGGGAGGAAUGUGCUUUCUAUGAAAAUAGUCUCAGCCUCCUAGGGAGUUGGUACGAGGGACAGGAAAAACGAAAGAGAUCAGAAGAUGGGGCAAGUAGCAGAGCUCAUCUUCAUCCCAAUUCCAGGAAUGGGUCACCUGGUUUCCACCCUUGAAUUCGCAAAGUGCCUGCUUGAUCGUGAUGAUCGACUUUUGAUCAAAGUUCUUUCCAUCAAAUUCCCCGCUUCUCCAUUUGCAGAUGCAUACACCAGAUCACUCACCACCUCACAUGCUCGAAUCCAGCUCAUAGAUCUCCCCCAAGUAGACCCACCACCAUCGGAGUCGUUCAAAUCUCCCCAAGCCAAUAUAUGUGCUUUCAUAGAAAGCAACAUACCCAACGUCAAACAUGCUGUCACGAAGAUUUUAUCCUCUGGCUCAGCUCGAGUUGCAGCGUUAGUUCUUGAUUUCUUCUGCUUGUCAAUGAUUGAUAUUGGCGGGGAACUGGGUCUCCCUUCUUAUUUAUUCUUCACCUCCAAUGCUGGAUUUCUUGGUCUCAUGCUUUGCCUUCCAACUCGCCAUAACCAAGUGAACGGCGCCGAAUUCAGCGACGAAGAUCCUCCGUUGUUAAUCCCUGGCUUUGUCAACCCAGUUCCGGCAGCUGUUUUGCCUUCAGCUGUGUUUAACAAGGAUGGUGGCUACGCUGCUUAUAUUAAGCUUGCACAAAGAUUCAGAGAUGCCAAAGGAAUUAUAGUAAAUACGUUCACAGAGUUGGAGCAACAUGGUCUCCGCUCGUUUUCCGAUGGACAAACGCCUCCGGUCUACGCUGUUGGUCCGGUGCUUGACCUGAAGGGUCAACCGAACCCUGGUUUGGAUCGGGCUCAGCAUGACAGCAUCAUGAAAUGGCUUGAUGAUCAACCUCCAUCGUCUGUGGUGUUUCUAUGCUUUGGAAGCCGUGGGAUCUUCGGUGCAACCCAAGUGAAAGAGAUAGCUUUUGGGCUGGAGCGUAGUGGGCAGAGGUUCUUGUGGUCCUUGCGGCCGGCCGCCUCCUUGCCGUCGGACGAUGACAUCCUGCCGGAAGGUUUCUUGGAGCGGAUAGAAGGGAAGGGGAUGAUAUGUGGAGGUUGGGCGCCGCAGGUGGAGGUGCUGGCACACAAAGCAGUCGGAGGGUUUGUAUCUCAUUGCGGAUGGAACUCAAUAUUGGAGAGCUUGUGGCAUGGCGUGCCUAUUGUGACAUGGCCUAUAUAUGCUGAGCAACAGCUCAAUGCAUUCAAGAUGGUGAGGGAGUUGGGAUUGGCAAUGGAGAUGAGGUUGGACUACAGGAAUGGAGGUGGUGAUCUGGUGAUGGCUGAUGAGAUAGAGAGAGCUGUAAGAGGUGUGAUGGAUGGCGGCAGUGAGGUUAGGAAGAAGGUGAAGGAGAUGGGAGAGAAGGCUAGAAAAGCUGUAAUGGAGGGUGGAUCUUCGUUCGCUUCUAUUGGGCAAUUUAUUGAUGAUAUGAUCAUAGGCAGCAGUUGAUACCGCAUAUUGGGUUGAUUUCUCUUUGUUUGAAUUUUGCUUGUUUUUAUUGCAAUAUGUUGCUGAAAUUGCCCCGAAGUUUCAAAAAUGAAUAAUAUUACAUAUCACACUUUUA